GUAAUGUUUGCAAGGUCAUGUUAGUUUGGCCGCUGCUCUCAAGGGUUUUGUUUGUUUGUUUAUCUACCUGGAUGCAACGUUAACACAUAGUUUUUUGUUCGUACGCAAUAAACAAAAACGGAUUACAAUGAUUACAUUCUUUUCUAAUAUCCCAAUAUUUAAAGAUGAAAAAAAUCUUGAUAUACAAACAUUUCUACAAUUAUCCAAAAUGAUUUGUGAUUUUUUCGGUUUAUGUGAUUCAAAAUUUUCAUUAUUACGAAAUGAUGUGGAAGGGAAUAUUAAAAAAGUAUCACGUGCAUCUACCAAUCUCCAUGUGAAUACGUUAUAUGACUUAUUAGCUAAUGAAAUAAAUCGUGAUGAUUCUUCCGGAUCAAUUGGUUUAUUAUGGUUAAAGCGUACAUUUCAAUUUCUUAUUUGUUUCCUGCAUUAUUUUGCUCAAUCUAAGAAUAAUGAAUUAAUACGUGAUAUGAUUAUAAGAGCUUAUGAUAAAACAUUGACAAGAUAUCAUAACAAAUUAAUGCGUCAUGCAUUUCGUUUUGUUUUACUUAUUGUCCCUAAACGAUCGGUGUUUAUUAGAAAAUUAGGAUUGGAACAGGAUAAUUGUGAAUUGUUGGUACUUAGAGAAGCAGGACAAUUUGCAGUGUCAAUCGAAGCUCAUGUUCAAACUUUAAAUCGAAUGUUAGUUUUAUUCGGUUUGGAAGACCCACUGAUUAGUUGAAUUAUUUAUUUUUCUUCUACUUCUUCUUCUUCAAAAUAGUCUAUCCAUUUGAAUUCAUUCUCAUUUCGCGCUCUUUAUCACAUCAACAUCAAUCCAUUCAAAAUAGAAUGUUGGAUAUUACCAAUCAUGUAAUUUAUUCUCAUAGAUCAUCCUCACCAUCACCAUCACCACCACCAUCAUCAUCAUCAUCAUUAUCAUUAUCAUCAACGACAUAUUCAAAGGAA